UGCAGCAAUGCCGCCUUGAUUGAGUUAUCUUAAUGACUGUCAUGUGUUGGGCGGAUGUUGUGCACAAGGCCGGGCGUUGUCUCAUUACCAGAGCAGCUCUCUGGCCAGUGAGAUGACCAUAAACCUGUAAACAGGUCAGGUGAUACAGGACGACCUUUUCUUUUUUCUAGUAAUGCAGAAAGAAAAAGAGAGGAUUUGUGUAAUUCUGGGAAAGAUAGCGUGCAAUGUGACUGUAGCGCUCACUGCGCAUGCGCGUUCAAUCACAAAUAUGCCCGCUGCCUGACAGACAGUCGACAGCAAAUCAGCUGGAGCAAUAUGACCGGCUAGUUUCUCUCUGUCCAUUGUGCUGUGUGAGGUCAGAGGUCAUGGCUGCGGAUUGUGGCGUGUUCGUGGACUGGUCUCAGAUGGGCGAUGUGAGUCGCGACGCGGCUCCCGGUAAGACCGAAUAUAAAGACUUAAAGGAGCUGAAGCAGCACGCCCGCUCGGGCCAGUGGGCCAAAAACCACAGCCAGCGCUCGGCCGUUUACCAGCAGCUGCUCAAAGCGCUCCCGUGUCGCACCGUCACGCCGGACGCUGCGGUUUACCGGGAUUUAGUAGGCAAUUCCAACUCCAAGCACAACCCAUCCUCCUAUCCGUUGCCGGAGUUUGUGGACGGGAAGGCGGUGCCACGCUACUGUCUGAAGGCCGAAUCUGUGGGUUCGGUGCAUGCUGUGAUUUCCUGCAUUGCAGGGCAGUUCCCAGAUAUAUCGUAUUGCCCGUCUUUACCAGCGGUGACGGCGCUGCUGCUGCACUGGAGCGCAGAUGAAGCGCAGUGCUUCGAGAGCGUCAGUCGCAUGCUGGCCUGCAACGAACCCGGCCGGCGUUUAUUAGAUCAGACUUUCCUCGCAUAUCAGUCGGCCUGCAUGACCUUUGGCGACCUCGUGCAUAAAUACUGCCCGGCCGCACAUAAGCUGAUGGUGGCCACCGCGACAGACGUGCUGGAUGUUUACUCCGAUUGGCAGCGCUGGGUUCUGGGCGACCUGCCUUUUAGCUUCUCUGCGCGUGUGAUGGACGUCUACUUGGUGGAGGGGUACAAGGUCCUUUACCGCGUGGCGCUGGCGAUACUGAAGUUCUACCGCAAGCAGCGCAGCGCCGCCGCAGGCUCGGCCUUAACCAAGCAGGACUCUGCAGCGAUUAGGAGCGAUAUCCAGGCGUUCGUGCAGAACAUCGGGAAAAGCGUGACGCCGGAAAAGCUGCUGGAAAAGGCAUUUUCCAUCCGCCUGUUCAGCCGGAAAGAGAUCACGCUGCUGCAGCUGGCCAAUGAGAAAUCACUCCAGCAGAAAGGCAUCACCGUCAAACAGAAGAGACAAAAUGUCCAGUUAGCCGUGAACGCUGAUAAUUUCAGCUCGGAGAUCUUCAGCGCUAAAGAGAUCAGAGAGAUCUGGUCGUGGAUCCCGGAGCGUUUCGCUUUAUGCCAGCCGCAGCUGCUCUUCACCACAUCUACACACGGCUGCAGCCUCAACAGGUUUUAUUCACACUGUGAGGGAUAUGAGCCGACAUUAAUGCUCAUCAGAACUACAGAUGGAGAGGUGUGUGGAGCCUUCCUGUCCACUGAUUGGGAGGAGCGGAAGAGGGGCGGGAACAAGCUCAGCUUCUUCGGCACUGGAGAGUGUUUCGUCUUCAGAAUGAAGCCGGAGAUGGAGCGUUACGAGUGGGUCAUUAUCAAACACCCGGAGCUGGCGAACGCAUCUCAGCCCGCAGACGACGAACAGACCGGAGCGAACAACAACGGUGCGCUGCAGUCUCUAGAGAAACCGGCCACAGACCCGUCUCACCUGUCCCCCUUCCUGUCCGCCCGACACUUCAACCUCAACUCAAGGAACACCUCCAUGUUUAUGGCGGGAAACAUCGACUCCAUCAUUAUCGGAGGAGGCGAAGGUAACGCUCUGUACAUCGACUCGGAGCUGAACCACGGCCGAACCGAACGCUGCCUGACCUUCGACAACCCGCCACUGUGCGCCGAGAGCUUCCAGAUCGCUCUGCUGGAGGUUUGGGGCUUCAAAGACGCCAUGGCUUCAUAAGAGCAGCUCCAUUGUGUUGUGAUAGAUGUCCCUUCGUGUAGGUUGUAACAGAGACGUGAUGCUCCUCCAGUGCACUAAAAGAUCCUUCCUGAGCUCCGGUGAAGAUGAAGUUUGUGUAUAUUUAUCCAUUCAAAACAUAUCUCAAGGUUUAUUUUGAUUCUUUUCAUAUCAUCAGAAAACCUGUGUUGAUCUGGUCUGGAAAUUCGAGAGGUUUUGAUGCAGGAAAUUAAGUUUUGUAUUGAAGGAGUCAGUAUUUAGCAUUUUCUGCAGUAAUGAUUAAUAUCUAAAAAAAAUGAGGAGCAGAACAGUGGAGACUUUCAUGUUAAAUCAAAACCAAGCCUUUAUCGAUGUGAUUCCAGCAAAGUGUCAGAUAUUUGUCACUGUCAUCUCUGGUGCUAAACACACCGAUAUAUCAUUGUUUUCUCAUUACAGUCAAGAGAAAUCAUUGAGGGUCAUCAGAAUGUUGUUUUUUUUUUUUUUUUUUUAAUGCAAAAUAUAAUUGAUUUCUUUUCAUUAUGGGGUGCAAUAUGACAUUUCUCAUGAUUUACCCAGCCGAGAACGAUCAAAGUUUCUCUGUCCUGAAUCCCUCUGUUCUUUAUGGAAGCCCAUUUACACCAUUAAAUAAAGAAUUUUUAAAAAAGUAAUUGCAAUUUUUAUUUUUCUUUCUUGCAAUUGCAUGAUAUAAGCUUACAAUUGCGUUAUAAAGUCAGAAUUGCGAGAUAUAAACUUGCGAGUUACGUUGCGAGUUUAUAUCUCGCAAUUCUGACUUUUUUUUCCGCAAAUGCAAGUUUCUCGCAAUUCUGACUUUAUUUUUCGCAGUUGCAAGUUUAUCUCGCAAUUCUGACUUUAUUUUUCGCAAAUGCAAGUUUAUUUCUCAGAAUUGCGAGUUUAUAUCACAAUUCUGAAGGAAAAAAAAAUCUGAAUUGUGAGAAAAAGUCAGAAUAAAGUCAGAAUUGCGAGAGAUAAACUUGCGAGUUACGUUGCGAGUUUAUAUCUCGCAAUUCUGACUUUUUUCCGCAAAUGCAAGUUUCUCGCAAAUGCAAAUUUAUCUCGCAAUUCUGACUUUAUUUUUCACAGUUGCAAGUUUCUCACAAAUGCAAGUUUAUCUCGCAAUUGACUUUUUUUUUCUGCAAAUGCAAAUUUAUCUCGCAAUUCUGACUUUUCUUUCCGCAAAUGCAAGUUUAUCUCGCAAUUCUGACUUUAUUUUUCGCAAAUGCAAGUUUAUUUCUCAGAAUUGCGAGUUUAUAUCACAAUUCUGAAGGAAAAAAAAUCUGAAUUGUGAGAAAAAAGUCAGAAUUGUGAGAUAAAAUGCCUUUUUUAUUUUUUAUUCAGUGGCAGAAAUGGGCUUCCAUAGUUCUUCUAUGCAGCUUUGUGCCAGGUUCUCGGCACAAAGAUCCAGGUUCGGGCAUGUCCAGAUCCAGGUUCUUGGCACAAAGAGGACCAGAAAACAUGAGCUCUUCAUAAACCUCCAGUCGAAACACAAGUACUUCUGGGGCAUUUAGCGAGUUUCAAUGGCAUUCCAAUGUUCUUUUAAAUCAGAAAUCAACAUUCUGGCAUCAUUUACUAUUAUUAUUGUCCUCUCGUUGUUUCAAACUUAUAUGACUUUCUUUCUAUAGUAAAACACAAACAGAGAGAUUUAGCAAAAUAAAAUAGGCUGCUUUUUUAUACAGUUAAAGUCAAGUGAUCAGAGCUGUUAAGCUGCUAAAAGAACAAAAAAAACACCAUUAAGUUACAUUUAAGCAAAAUAAUAAUAAUGAAAAAAUAUAUACUAUAUUCCACUUUACUAUAUUCCAUCUUUUACAGUUACACAAUAGAUUUUUGUGAAGAACAGAUUCAGAACAGACACCGUAGAUCUCAUUUCUCAUUUUUUUGAACAAGUUUGAAUAUGCGCAUAAAAUUUGAGAGGAACAUUUUCAGUGAUAAUUUGAGUCUUUUCCUCACACUUAGCUCUCAGGAGACUUAAAAUAUAGAAAUACAGUCCUAAAAAAUCCUUAAAAAAAAAAAGUGCACAUAAUAAGGAAAGUCAUGCAGUUUUGGAACAAUAUGAGGGUGAGUAAGUGAUGAUAUAAUCUUAAUUUUCUACAUGUUACAUGCACUGUAUCUGAAUGAAUUUCAGUAAUGUACCAUAUCACUCCGUCCAAAUCCUAAAAAAAAACAUGCAUACAUGCAAAAAAAUAUUUUUAUUUAUAUAAAAAAAUAUUUAAUGUAUACAGGUUGAAUUACAAUGUAAAAAGAAUAGUAGAGAUCCAGCUUUUUGUUAAUUGUUCAAUGGUCUUUGCUUGAAUUAUAUGUAUGAAAGCAUAAUCAACACUAUUUUAAGUGGGAAGUAUUACAUUUUAUGAGUUAUCUUUUUCUUUGCACUUACUGAACGUAUUUUAAGUUGCUGAAUGUUAGUUACUCAUCUAUGAAUCAGUAUCAGUAAUAUAUUGUUUGUUUUCAGUUUCUGUGUAUCAGUUAGAGUAUCUUCUGCUCAUUUCUGUCAUAUCUUUGAAUUGGAGAUUCGGUGAUCGUAACUGGUUGUUGACGAAUGUUUAAUGUGCAUGUACAUUGUGAUGUGUUACCAUAUCAGGUGGUGUGUUUGUGUGUUUUGUGUCUCAGGUGGAGCAGGCCGUCCUGAGUGUGUAUGUGUGUUUGGAGGGUGAAGUUCAAGUCUUAAACAUGCUAAAACAUUUAGGUAACAACCCUAAAUUAUAGUAGUGGGGUCUAGUAUCUGCUCAUAGAAGACGUCAUGUUUCUAUCUUUCAGCGAUCAGUUGUGAUGAAGAAUAAAAACUGUGCAAGCUGUCAUUAAAAAGUUUUUGUCUAGUGUCUAGCUUUUGGGUUUUUUUGCAACAAUGUCCCCACAAAAUGUCCUGGAAAACCUGCAACUAUC